AUGUCCCAAUUAAUAGAACUCAUUCUUCAGGGUGACAGUGAUAAAAUCCAGAAAUUUUUGAAAGAAUAUGAUAAAGAUCCAGAAGGUUAUCUACAAUCUAUGAAUGAAUGUGACGAAAUGCACAAUUCCGCUAUUGAAUUAUUUGCAAUAUUGGAUUCCAGGAAUUUUAUCGAAAAGGCGAUAAGCAAUGGUUAUAACGAACUAAAUAAAACUGGAAAAAAUGGGUGCAAUUUAGUACAUUAUGCUGCUAUGUGGAAUCACGCUGAUUUAAUAAAAUAUUUGUAUUUUGCUGGUGUUGACGUCUAUAGAAAAAAUAUCCACGGCGAAACUGCACAUAAACUAGCUGUUAAAUAUGAACAAAAAGAAGCAAUGCAUAUUUUAGAAUGGAUAGAAUGUCGUGAUGAAUUUAUUAUGCUGAUCCGAUUAGUCAGAGAAAUUUUAGCAACUUCUGAUAAGAAUGACUAUACAAAAGAAGAAAGGAAAAUUGCAGAUUCUGCUUGUCUUGAUGGAGAAUCCUGGAUUAAUAAAAAUAAAGAAGCUACACUCAGCAUGCUUAAAACAAAGAAAGAACAAAUCGAAUUGAUAGUAGAACCAUUUUUACGGAAGAAAUCAUUAGUCAUGUAG